UGCAAAUAAGAAAUGUUGUUACAGACCAAACAUUUUCAGUAGCAACUGUUGCUUGUUACCGAUCAGAUCGCAAACUCAAUUUGCAUUACGCCGCAGAAAGAAGUGUCAAAGUAAUAAAAAGUGCAUACCCCGAAAACAAUCAAAACAAACGACAGACAUUGACCGCAGAAGGGAUCAACGAAAACAAACGACCGACCGUGAAGAAAAACAAAAGAUUUCCCAACAAUAACAGAAUAGGCCUUGCAAUCAGCGAGCUGUGAGUGUGUGAUGAAGAUUUCAACCACCAGCCGGGAAAUAUAAUAAACAUCGGGAGCGAAGCGUUAACCUUUGUCAACAACAACUGAGUUGUCCGUCCCACGACUGGAGCAGCCACUGGUUUAAUCCAAUAAAACCACUACAAUGUUGGGCAGUGCCUUACUAAACCUGUUAAAGCAUGGUUCCCCUUCAGCCCUGGGAACCCAGAGGUACCAUUUUAGAUCCUCCUAUCGAUCACUUGCCAGCUUUGUUUAUGGCAAUCCUACGCAUUUUACAGAAGCAGCCAAAAACUAUGUCGAUGAAUGCGCUGAUCUGUGUCGACCCGACCGCAUUCACAUUUGCGAUGGCAGCGUUCAAGAGAGUCAGAUACUGCAGCAACUUAUGGUGAAGCAGAGAACAAUAACGCCCUUAGUUAAAUAUGAAAACUGUUGGCUGGCCAGAACAAACCCUGCAGAUGUUGCCCGAGUAGAGUCACGCACAUUCAUUUGUACCGAUCGCAAAGAGCAAGCUAUUCCUGUUACUAAGGAAUCAACAACCGGUGCUUUGGGAAACUGGAUAUCUCCCGAGGAGAUGCGUAAAGCAAUUGCUGAACGCUUCCCUGGAUGCAUGAAAGGUCGCACAAUGUAUGUUAUACCCUUUUCUAUGGGUCCAGUCGGAUCGCCGCUCUCAAAAAUCGGCGUUGAAAUCACAGACUCUCCUUACGUGGUUGAAUCCAUGAAAGUAAUGACCAGGGCUGGAUCCAAAGUUUUGGAUGAGAUGCAAAGAGCCAAUGGUGAAUUUGUGAAAUGUCUUCACUCAGUCGGUACCCCUAGAAAUGGAAGACACGCAAUGCCUUCAUGGCCCUGUGAUCCGGAACGAACAAUCAUUUUGCACCGACCAGAGAACAAUGAAAUAGUAUCAUAUGGUUCUGGGUACGGAGGCAAUUCAUUACUUGGCAAGAAGUGUUUUGCUCUACGCAUUGGCAGUACCAUUGCAAAGCGAGAGGGUUGGUUGGCCGAACACAUGCUCAUUUUGGGAAUAACGAAUCCUGAGGGGAAGAAAAUUUACAUUGCUGCCGCCUUUCCCUCAGCUUGCGGCAAGACAAAUCUUGCUAUGAUGACCCCAACGUUGCCGGGCUACAAAGUUGAGUGUGUUGGCGAUGAUAUAGCUUGGAUGAAAUUCGAUAAAAAAGGUGUCUUGAGAGCAAUUAAUCCUGAGAACGGUUUCUUUGGUGUUGCCCCGGGGACAUCGAUGUCCACAAACCCCAUUGCAAUGAAAACUAUAUUCAGAAACUCUCUAUUUACCAAUGUGGCAUCAACUUCCGACGGCGGAGUAUUCUGGGAAGGUAUGGACCCAGCUAGCAUUAAGGAUGUCACAGUGACUGAUUGGUUGGGCAAACUAUGGUCCCCAGAGUCGGGAAAACCUGCUGCACACCCCAAUUCCCGUUUCUGUACGCCCGCGGCGCAGUGCCCUAUUAUUGACCCGGCAUGGGAAGAUAGUGCUGGUGUUCCAAUAAGCGCAAUUCUCUUCGGGGGUCGUAGACCGGCCGGAGUUCCGUUAGUCUAUGAAGCAAGAAAUUGGUCUCAUGGUGUAUUUCUGGGAGCUUCUAUGCGCAGCGAAGCAACCGCAGCGGCCGAACACAAAGCUAAAGUCAUAAUGCACGACCCAUUCGCCAUGCGUCCAUUCUUUGGUUAUAAUUUUGGGGAUUAUUUAAAACACUGGCUUUCAAUGGAGUCACGCGGAAAAGUUCCCAAGAUUUUCAAUGUAAAUUGGUUCCGUAAAAGUGAGGACGGUCAUUUUCUCUGGCCAGGAUUCGGUGAUAACUCCAGAGUACUCGAUUGGAUUUUCCGCCGUGUCGAAGGGGAGGAAUGCUGCCAAGAUUCACCCAUAGGUUUACUACCUAGCCGUAACUCCAUCAACAUUCAAGGAAUGGCAUCUGAGAUUGACAUGGAAAAACUUUUCGAUUUGCCAAAGGAGUUUUGGUUGCAGGAAGUGGCAGAGAUCGAAAAAUACUUUACAACGCAAGUCGGAACACACUUACCAACAGAAAUAUCAGCCGAGUUACAAGGCCUGAAAGAGAGAGUAUCGAAAAUGUAAAUGCGAAUGGAUUGGUAUUUGUGAGGAAUACACCGACUGAAGUAAUAUCAUACAAAUUAACGGAAUUGUAAAUAUGUAUUAAAAUUGAAUUGUUAAAAUUGUCGACAAAUAAAGACAAACUACA